AGAGAGCGAAAGUGAGAGGGGCAGGAGCGAAUGGCCCGGUAAUCAGAGAGAAUACUGCAGCUCUCUAUCAGAUUCCACACGCUGUCAGCGACACGCCUCACACACAGAGACGCACACGCAGGACGCAGGCACAGGCACACACAGACUCUCUCACACACGCACGGCGCACUCACACGCACUUGCCAAGCUGAGUGCCGUUGCGCCGAGAGAGUGCGCAGGCAGAAGAGAAGGAGACAGAGAGAAGGAAGGAAAGAGAGAGGGACACAUGCGAUCCUGAAGGACAUCCACCGAUGCGCCACAGUCCUUUUGUUCCUCCUAUGUGAGGCGCUUUAUUUUUCGGCCUGCCUGUGAUAUUUUUGUUUUGGUUGCGCCGGAGCCGGAGCCGGAUCCAGAGCAGGUGCCAUGCCGGGAGAGACGGUGCACAGAGAGAGAGAGAGCCCUCCUGCCGGACUGCUCCACAGCAGCACGCACACAGACCUACAUACGGGCUUGCCUGGUCCAGACCAAAACAGACAUGCCUCCAGCUCUUCAAGCUCCACCCCCACUGACAGCAGCUCCACGCCCACCCCCACCGAAAGUGGCUCCACCCCCACCCCCACCCCCAGCACGUCGCCACAGAUCUCCUUGCCGCAGUACACCCCGUUUGGCCCCCGGCUGGUCAUGGCCAAGCCCAACACCACCGCUCCCCGGCCCCAGCCCGAGGGGGCCAGCUUCGAGUCCGAGGGGGGCCGACGGCAACAAACCGUGGGUCGCCUGACGGGAAACUUUGGCAAGGGCGCCUCCUCAGGUCGACACCACGGGCCGGUGAAGAUGGAGAGGAUAAAGGUGCUGAUGGGCGGGGAGAUCGAGAGUGACGCGCCGGAACCGGAACCGGAGGCGGAGACCAUGGAAACGCGCGUGGUGAUGGGCCAGGAGACCUUGCUGAGGAACAUCGACAAGCCAGAAACGGCGCCAAAGUGCAAACAGCGGCCAGCAGAAGAGGUCCAGAAGAGUAGCGAGGACCACACCACACCCACAUCCACACCGACGUCCACACCCACACCAAACCCAGCCUCUCCUGUUUUGUUGGACUGCCAGGUGAAGGGAGAGGAGGAGGAGGAGGAGGAGGAGGAGGAGACCGGGCUGGAUACUGGUCAAAAGAGCUGCGUCCAGGACCACAGCGAGAGCCUGACUCCCACGCCAGAGCAGGAGCAGCAAGAGUGCACGGCCUCUAGUAGUGCAGAGCCCGCGGCACCACCAGAGUGCCCUGCGCCGGAGCAUAAGGAGUCGGAAAAAAGUGCGGGAUCGACAGAUCACAGUGGUAACCCCCUGCGGCAGGAACAGGUGGCGGCUCUGUCUCUGUCUUUAUCUCAGGAUGAAGUGCCUUCCUUGUCCUUUUCUGAACCCUCCUAUGCAGUCGACCCGCACCGAGUUGGCAUGCUCCCGCCGGGCAUGGACCCGGACCGGUACUACACAGCCCCCUCCACGCCCAUCAAGAUGGCAAGCCUCAAGAGCCAAUGGCAUCCCGGAUCCCUCAGCUCAGGCCUCGGCUCGCCCACGGACGAGUCCUUCGACCUGUGCUCCCCUCCCACUUCCCCCUCGGGCUCCUACAUCACGGCCGAAGGGGGCAGCUGGACGUCCUCCUUCACCUCCAGCACCUCCCACUCCUGCUCCCCUAAUUUAAUCGCGGAGGCCGAGCUGCAGGAAGCCCCCGCCUGCUACGUCGGCUCGCUGUCAGAGAUUGGAGACGAGAUGGGGGAGGACCACCACGCAGCAGGCAGUGAGAGAGAGAGCAGCAACAGCAGCAGCCUCUCAAAGCUGGACAGUGACAGUAAGCCUCCCGGGGCCUUGUUUUUCGGUAUGGAUGAUGAAGAUGUAGUGGAGGACGAGGACGAGGAGGUAGAAUAUCAACCCGAGUGGAGGAGGUCUGAGGAGGUGUCAUCUCCUCACAGAAACAGCAGUGGGAGGAGCACAGACACACUGGAAGAGGAGGAGGAUCAUUGUGACAGCUCCGGCUCUGGCUCUGUCGUGCCUGCAGACAGUCAAGGUGCUGCCGCUGUUACUGCUGCUUCAAAGCCAGAGUUGCACAGUGAAGAGACUCACGAGGACCCAACCACGGCUCUGGAGCUGGACCUGAAUGCCUACGUCUCUGAGCACUUUGCCAGACAGAAUGCUCCCCUCAGCCCAGAGGAGGACUUUGGUCCCGCUAUGACGUCCUCCUCCCUCCCCUUCUCACAGCAUUUAACCAGUGCUAGCACAGCAGGAGUGGACACAGGCAGCAUGACACCCGCGACAUGCUCCUCGGAGGUCUCCGACACAGACAACAACAGUCUGUACGGAGACAUGAGCUCGUCCUCCUUCACUGCACACUUCACUACUGGGAGCCCCACCUCUCCAGACGACGGGCCGGGUGGAGAGAGGAUGAUCCUGGCCUCCAUGCUCCCUCCACACGCCAGUCUGAUCUUCCAGGCAGACUCAAUGGAGAUCACACUCUUCCCGACGGAAGACGAACCGGGGAAUGAUGUGGACGCCUACGCUGCAGGGGAGGAUGAAGGAGACGUGGACGAUGACUUCGAGGAUGACGACAACGUGGAUGACGAGGAGGACAUAGAGGCAGAAGGCGAGGCUGUAGGGGUGUCGGGAGAGGGAGUGGACCUGAGGGCAGGUGAGGAUCCGACCGAGGAGGACACGUCCGCGUCUUUCCUGAACUCGCUAUCGGAAAACUCCAUAAACGAGGGCGUGGAUGAAUCUUUUGCCUACCAAGACGACACGGAGGAAUCUGUGGACUCUGCCUCGUACAAUGGUGAGGAUGACGAAAAGCUGUACAGCACGGAAAGACACGCCGAACUCGCGCAGAGUUUCCCCGGCCCAGACGAUCCCGUGCAGCCUGUGGCCCACGCACACCCAGAAUCAUCUGGGAGUGAAAGUGACAUGGAGAUAUCGUCAGGGUCGUCAGAUUCGCCACCGGUGAAAGACCAUGAACCUUCAGCUGACAAAGUGGCUGAAACAAUGGGGUCAGAUGCAAAACCAGAAGAGGGUGAAUCUUCAACUGCCACGUCACUAGACACACCAACACCAGGGGAGGACGCCGAACAAAACAGUGAGUGCAAAGACAGUAGUAGUUUGCAAGAGGAGCCUGUAGCAGAAAAGCCCAAAGAAACAGCUGAGGUAAGCUGUACCCAACUUUCACAGACAGAUGAGUUGCUGUCAGCAAAAACGGCUGCGAUCGAUGAAAACUCGGUUCCCAGCACAGAACCCAUCCAAGAGUCCGCUGACAGCUGCAGCAGCAAGUUGGAUCCCUGCUUGCUGGGCGCCGCUGCUGCAGGCGAUUUGACAUGUGACACUGCGUUCAGUACUGAAUUGGAACUCGAUAACCAAAAUGGCAACAGCGCUGACCCCAUUGACCCCAUGCCUCUGAGUCUGGACGAGACUGCCACGAAUGACCUAAAUAAAGGGGUGCCCCUGCUGGCCUAUCCCAAAGACGAGUGCAGUCCCACCAACAUCCCAGUGUGUGCCUACCCAGAACUUUCCGACAUCCCUGAUAACCUAACAGCGACGUACGCCUCACCCUCCUCCGAGCACUCUCUCGACCAGGACAACCUUGCAGAGAAUCAGCCUGGCACCGAUGACUUCAGUCUGGACCCCAGUCUCAACCUAUCUGGUUCACCCUACAGCAUUCUUACCAUUUCACCCAAAAAGGAGAAUUCUGAAAGCAACAUUGCAUCAGAGGAAAGCCUCCCAACGUUGUGGGCACCAGGGGACCCGCUUCCAAUCAACAAGUGCUGUGAUUUUGAGGCUGAAAAUGUACUGAUGUGUGAAGUUGGUAAUUCUUUGACCACCACCACCACAACACAUUGCAACAUUGCUGCUGGAGACAGAGAUGACAACAUCAGUCUCUCCGACCUGCCUGACAAACUAGAUGUCGAUGUCCUGGAGUCUAAUCUGGCUAGCUGGAAGUCAAUUGAGGAUCUCUCUGAGGCGGGAGGGGGAGAGGGCGGCAGCUCUCGGUUUCCCGAGGAUGACAUCAACAACCUUCAGAGCCAGGAUGGCAGCAGCAGCAGCCUGACAAAAAACGAAGGCAGCACAAAUGCAGAAGACACAGAGAUGCUGCUGCUAUCUAGUACAAAACCUCACUGUUUGGAAUUCAACAUUCUUUCAGGUGAUGUGGUGAAUGAGGACCCGCACUCCUCUAUUGGUUCUACUCAAUUAAAUCUUCCGGAGAAAGAAUGUGUCGCAAAGCUCUCCGCAGAAGAAGCAACACUCAACAUACCUGCCGAGGAGGGGCUGGUAGACAAUGACAAAGCAUCUGAAAUUUCAGAGCUCCAAAUAUGCACAGGCAGUGCUAGUGUAGAGGAAAGCAAAGCAGAGAAUAUACCCAGCACCGCUUCACCACCAGUAUCCCCAGAAGGACCUAAGACAGGAACACAAAUAGACACCUCAGACAUGCCUGCCAAUUUGAAUGCUGCCAUGGAAGAAAACACUAGCAUGUCCAGACAUGCUAUCCAGACGGGGAGUCAGCCUGUUGUGCCAGAGAGAGAGACAGUACUGUCAUUAUCUGGUGGCUCGUUUGGCAACUUUAUGCCCAGAAAGAAAUCGAGUGAUGCCUCUCCGUUAAGUGUCUUUGAUAAAGAGGGCAAAGAUGCCUCCACCAGCGCUACACUGAAGAAGUCCUCACCAGAAGAAGCCAUUCGUACGAGGGCUGAGGACCGCAAACAAUCUGACUCAAUUGUGAGUAUGGACAAAGGACCUGAAAUCAAGACACCAAAGACUAUUGUGGCCUUGAGAGAGCAGGAUAAGGUUGGAGUUGUUCAAAGCUCAGGGAAGAUCAAUGAGGAGGAGGAGAUCAAAGGAGACGAGCUUGCCCACAAACAGGAAGUCUCCGCCAGAACAUUUGCACAGGAUGAAAUCACCUCUCUGACAGAGAGUGUGGAAAAGGGCAGCGAACCAAAUCAAAUCCUUGAGGAAGAGGGCCCUCACAGUCAAGCAGAACUCAAGCCUGAUCUUAAGCAGGAAGUGAGAACUGUCGAGGAAUCAGCUGUUCAGAAACAACAGCCAAUCAAUGAGUCUCCUCAGGAGCAGAGGGUGAUGGGAGACGGCACAGCUAUGCACGACAUAAUGAUUGUUCAAGAAAAUGCAGACAAAAAGGACGAGGAGAAACCAGCAAUCCCCUUGGCACUAGGCCACACUAAACACGAGAGUAAGGUAGAGGAAGCACUUGAGAACAGUGCUGCAAGUCAAUCAGUGGAUGCCAAGUCCACAAAGGCCGUAUCAAAAGAACUUGACACUGAGCAAAGGGAUCAUAAGAAGUCCACAAGAGAAGACAAGUGGACUGCAAAUGUUGAUGUGACCAUUGCAGAGUCAUCCCAGCAGCAAGUCAAUUUAGGACAAUGCUCAAGAUUUGAAAGUGAUAGUGAACUUACUGAAAAGCAAUGCCCCACCACAGUAACCCAAGAAGAACUGGCUUCAAAGACAGGGGUUCCCACCACUAACUCAUCACAGACAACCCCAACAUUGAUAUGUCAACCAGGAAGCACAAGAGACAUAAAUGACAACCACAUCGUGAGCAACCAGCCCUCAGCGCCCGCUUCCAGCGCUUCUCCUGUCACGACCGCAUUCUCACCAUCGCCCGUUACCCCAACUCGGUCCGCACUUUCAGAAUCCUCUCCAUCCCCGGGCAUCUCGUCGGACGACUUUGAGGAAGAUCUGUACACGGCCAUACAGGAGUCCCAGCCUAAAAUGUCCAGCUCACAGCGGUCCAAGAAGCAGCCUUCAGUCCGCCAUUACCAUCCUUCAUCCUUUUCUACCAGUGAGCCCGUGUCAUUGCCGGUGCAGGAAAGCAAUGGGAGGCAGGAGAAGGCAGAGCUGAUCACCCUGCAGUCUAAAAAGAAUCGUGGAAAAGACGGCCCUGGUGAUUUACCAGGUCCUGCCACAGGAAGUAAGAAGAAGAGCUACACGCCCACACAGUCCAGAUCAACCAAUCAGAGAGCAUCGCCACCAUCCAGUACUGCCCUUCAGUCCUCAGCACAAGUCACACACCUGCCCGAGAAACAGAUCGACAGGCAGUCCGUUUGUCCAAUCAGCUACAACGACAAGUACUCGGACUCCAUGGCUGUGUCCUUCAGGAGCAACCUGGGCUCCUGCAAUGACACAGAUAGCGACGGGUCAGUUCCAGCUCUGGAGGAGGCAGAUGGGCCCCUGCUCCACAGACCUGCAGAUCCACAGUGUUCCUCUACGUCUCCUGCGGAUGAAAAUCUAAACAAAGCGAAGCAGAGUCGCAGUGAAAAGAAAGCGCGCAAGGCCAUGUCCAAGCUGGGCCUGAAACAGAUCCACGGUGUGACUCGCAUCACCAUCAGGAAGUCCAAGAACAUCCUGUUUGUCAUCAGUAGACCUGAUGUCUUCAAGAGCCCUGCCUCUGAUAUCUACAUUGUCUUCGGAGAGGCCAAGAUCGAGGAUCUGUCCCAGCAGGUCCACAAGGCGGCGGCUGAGAAGUUUAAGGUGCCCCUGGAGCCUAGCCCUCUCAUCCCCGACGUCACCCCCAGCCUCACCAUCAAGGAGGAGAGCGAGGAAGAGGAGGUGGAUGAAGGAGGGUUGGAGCAGAGGGAUAUUGAGCUGGUGAUGGCUCAAGCUAACGUGUCCCGUGCUAAAGCUGUCCGUGCGCUGCGCCACAACAAGAAUGACAUAGUCAACGCCAUCAUGGAGCUGACCAUGUAAGAGAGGAGAAGUAGAGAAAAAGAGAAGAGGAGAGGAAAAGAGGAGUACAGGAGAAGAGGAGAAGAGAAGAAGAGGAGAAGCGAAGAAGAGGAGAAGCGAGAAGCGAAGAAGAGGAGACGCUUCCUCAGCCUGCUGGUUGCACCUUGGCCCAUAUCGCUGCUACGUUGCACCCCUACUGUCCCCAUUUCCUGCUGAAUAAAAUUAUAUAA